AUGCAGAAUCUCCCAUCCAAAAGUACUGAAGUCGAAGCUACGCAGGUGCUCGCUGAGUUUGGUAAUAACACGUUUCCCAAACACUUCCAUCGUGCUUCCUUCUCGAGUCUCCCCGAGCACCUCAAGAACAUUCGGCCAGCCACAGCUGCUGAAGUGGCCAACACCAGUAACUUCUGGACGCUGCCGAGCAGCGAUGAACCACUCCAUCUGGGGCUUUUUUUUGAGGCCUCCAUGUCUCUUCAGAAAAAUGAAAUACCUACUACGAGCCUUUUGUCUCAAUCCGUCCGACAAAAACUAGACAGUGACGCCAGAAAACGGAUCCAUGAUGAUAUUGAUAAAGAUGGCGGGCCUGACGAGCUUGCUAUUGCGAAGGAAAUUUUCCCCGCAGUCAAAUCUCGUUUUAAAGGCAAGCUGGCAGAAAAUACUAUCAAUAUUACUGCUGCAGUUAAAGUGCUAGACAUUGUGGCGUAUAUCAUUGCCAACAAGAAUAAGUUUAAGUAA